CUUUCUGUCGUUGCGCAAUUGCACUCUGCACAUACGUUACAAACACGCCAUAUAACACACGGCACAAACACCACUGCUCUGCCUUUAAGCCCUCUCGUGAGAACUGCGACCUGAACUGCGACACGACACAAUGCGCAUUCUUCUUAGCCUAGUGCUAGCCUGCAUGGAGCCCUUUCACCGACCAUGCUUGUCUAAAAUGUAGUGGAGAUGGGUAAAGUGACUGCUGCGGCAAGGGAGAAGCUCGAGCGUCUGCGAGUUCAGGGCCGAGAUGGCGCGAACCAGAAGGAGGUGUUUAUCUGCUGGGAUAUCGAGAACGCGCGGCCGCCCCUUUCCCUACCCGUCGCUGUCGUGGAGAGGGCCAUCACCAACGCCUUCCAGUACCUCCAGCGCCGCAAGCGGGCCGGCUUCGUCGCCUCCGUGAGCUCCAUUUCGCUCAGGGACCUGGUGCGGACCUACGGCCAGUGGCAGGUCGACUACCUGGUGGGGGCGGUGGAGACGGUGCUGGCGCCGGGAGGGACCAAGAGCGGCUCCACGGACGCCAAGCUGCUGCAGCGCGUCAACGCCUUCAUCCAGGCCCAGUCCGCCUCCGGCGCCGCGCCCCGCAGCGUGCUGGUGCUGCUGACCGGCGACGACGAUUUCACGGCCGCGGCGCGCGCGGCGCUGGACGCCGGCAUGGAGCUAGAGCUGCUGCACCCGGGCGUGAGGCACACCAGCGGCAGGCUGCUCUCCGCGGUGACGGGCCGCGCCAACGCCUGGCACGCCGACUUCCACGACUUCCUGGAGUACUGGACCACCAGCAGCACAACCGCCAGGGAGGCGCUGGGGGCGCCGCCCGCACCCGCCGCCUGUGCUGCCGGCCUGCCGGGCAGUGACAGCGCAGACAGCGACAAACUCCAGGAGGAGCUGCGGGCGCGGCUGGGACCACCAGGGGGGAGCGGGCAGGCGGCGCAGGUGCAGGCGGAGGCUGCAGGCGGCAGUGGAAGCGGCAGCGGCGGUGGCCGCAAGCGGAGGCGCCCGGCUGACGACAGCGACUGCGAGGGGGCCGCGGCGGCGGGGCACAGCGGCAGCGCCACCGAACCUGCUGCUCCUGCGGCUGUUGAGGCGGAGCCCGAGCCCGGGGCCGAGUCGAGCGGCGGCGGUGGCGGCCUGGCGCCGGCCUGCUUCCGCCUGCGGCUAAGCCGGCUGCGGCCUGUGCGGCGGGCGGCGGACCCGGGUCGGGCGCUGGCGGCUGCGGGCGACUGGCUGGAGCAGCAGCGGCGCAGCGGUGGUGACGUGUACCGCGGCCUUGUGAAGCUCGCCGGCGAGUGCGGCUGCCAGCUGGCCAUGGGCAGCAGCGCCAGCGCCCGCAGCACCAGCGGUCUGGCCGGUCUGGGUCGGGACUGCUGGCUGCGGCUCAGCUGCGGCCACGACGUGGGCGAGGACGCGGAGCACUGCCGCCGCGUCGCCAAGCGGGCGUGGCACCGCUUGCGGCAGGAGCUGGAGGGGGCGCUGGCGCAGCAGGCGGUGCUCGCGCUGGGGCGCGGCACGGAGCCGACAGCGGUGGCGGGAGCGGGGGCGGCAGGGCCGGCGGGGGCGGCAGCGGUGGAUGUGGCAGUUGCAGGGACAUCAGGGGCCCCAAAGACUGCUCCUGCUGCCGUACAGCACGUGCAGCUGUACCUCGCCAGCCUCCCAGCGGUGUUGGGCGCGGCAGACCGGGCGGCGGCCCUGCAGGCUAUGGGCGACUGGCUGCAACACCAGAAGGCCCGUCGCACGGCGUGCUAUAAAGGCCUGUGCCGCAUGACCGCCGGCCGGGGCUGCACGCUGGAGGUGCCCUGCAGCCACGGAUCAGGUCUCCACCAGGCUGCCACGGCGUCCAUCAUCCUUCGCUUGCAGCCCGGCAGCAGCCGUAACCCGGUGAUUGCGCUGACGGCCGCCCUCGAGCGCCUGCGGGGAGCACUGAGCCAGGCCUGGUCCGGGGCAGUUCAGGCGGCCGAGAGGCUACAGGCGGCGCGCGCCAGGACGGGGCCAGGAGCGGGGACAGGCACGGCAGCCCGCAGCAGAACCCCGCGCAUGCUCGUUGGAAGGGCAGCCGCUGGCAAUCAACUGCCUCCGCGUGCGCCACCGGUGCCGCCUGGCUCCAGUCUGGAGGUCCCACAGGCGGCAGCGGCGAGUACGAGAGCGGGUCCGGCAAAGCCGAAUGGCUCCGGUCCUGGCCGGAUCAUGUUUGUGCGUUUGGCCAGCAUUGAGGGCGUCAUGGACAUGCCGCUGUCGCAGCGCGUUAGGGCCGUGCGGCUCUUCUCUGACUGGUUGCAGUUACAAGUGGCCCGCCAUGCCCAAUGCUACCUGCAGCUGUGCAAUGCGGUCGACCAGUGGGGCUACCGGCUGGUGGUUCCCACCUGUGGCGGCUGCGGCCAGCAGGACACACCAGCCCUCAUUCUCUCCCUCAAGCGCGAUGUGCCCAACCCUGAGUGCACGCUGGGUACCGCCAGUGAGCGCCUCCAGGAGGCUCUGAACACGUUGUGGCAGCACUGGCGGCAGUCCAAGGACUGCGCCAAGGAGACGAGCACGCCAGCGGAGGCCUUCACGUCAGCCGGCGCCGCCGACAACCUCCCCGCGGGGCUGGAGGCGCGGCUGGCACCAGGGUCGCUGGGCAAGGCGGUGGCCGCAGGUGGCGGUGGCCGGAAGCGGAGGCGCCUGGCUGACGACAGCGACUGCGAGGGGGCCGCGGCGGUGGGGCACAGCGGCAGCGCCACCGAACCUGCUGCUCCUGCGGCUGCUGAGGCGGAGCCCGAGCCCGGGGCCGAGUCGAGCGGCGGCGGUGGCGGCCUGGCGCCGGCCUGCUUCCGCCUGCGGCUAAGCCGGCUGCGGCCUGUGCGGCGGGCGGCGGACCUGGGUCGGGCGCUGGCGGCUGCGGGCGACUGGCUGGAGCGGCAGCGGCGCAGCGGUGGUGACGUGUACCGCGGCCUUGUGAAGCUCGCCGGCGAGUGCGGCUGCCAGCUGGCCAUAGGCAGCAGCGCCAGCGCCCGCAGCACCAGCGGUCUGGCCGGUCUGGGUCGGGACUGCUGGCUGCGGCUCAGCUGCGGCCACGACGUGGGCGAGGACGCGGAGCACUGCCGCCACAUCGCCAAGCGGGCGUGGCACCGCUUGCGGCAGGAGCUAGAGGGGGCGCUGGCGCAGCAGGCGGUGCUCGCGCUGGGGCGCGGCACGGAGCCGACAGCGGUGGCGGGAGCGGGGGCGGCAGGGCCGGCGGGGGCGGCAGGGCCGGCGGGGGCGGCAGCGGUGGAUGUGGCAGUUGCAGGGACAUCAGGGGCCCCAAAGACUGCUCCUGCUGCCGUACAGCACGUGCAGCUGUACCUCGCCAGCCUCCCAGCGGUGUUGGGCGCGGCAGACCGGGCGGCGGCCCUGCAGGCUAUGGGCGACUGGCUGCAACACCAGAAGGCCCGUCGCACGGCGUGCUAUGAAGGCCUGUGCCGCAUGGUCGCUGACCGGGGCUGCAAGCUGGAGGUGCCCUGCUUCCGCAAGUCCGCUUUCUGCCGGCCUGUCGUGUCCUAUGUCACCCUCGAGUGUGUGGCCAGCGGGCAGGUCCCGGAGACUGCGCUGGCGACCGCACUCGCGGACCUGCGGGAAGCGCUGAGCGGAGCGGGAGGGGCCAUGGCGGCGGGUCCGGGCUAAGGGUAUGGGGCCCAUGGUAAGGGGCGGGUUGGCGUAGUCCGGUUGUGUGCAGUAUGACUAAUCAACUGGCGGACAACGUUUGUUACAAUCACAUCGCCUGACUGAUGCAGUUAUAUGAUGUAGCAACUGUCGCUGGUGGGUGGUUUUGUAUGCAGGUAGUGAUAAUCCAAUUGGUGACGGGGGGAUCGCGCGGCGCGGAGGAGCAGGAUGUGCCGUGGAUAAUGACGAGUGCCGACGACAGACAGUUGGCUGCUACAUGCACCACGGCCUGGUCAUCUUCUCCUGGUCUCGGAGUUAACCGGG